AUGGAAAAAUCCAAAAAUUUCCGCAUCGACGCUCUGCUGGCGGUGGACCCCCCGCGAGCCACCUCCGCGCAGAACUCGCCGCUGGCCUUGGUCACCUCGCUCGCGGCCGCAGCAUCUGGCGCCGGCGCCGGCGGUGGCGGCGGCGGGACGAGCAGCGGGGCGAGCGGCAGCUGCAGCCCCGCGUCCUCGGAGCCGCCCGCGGCUCCAGCCGACCGUCUGCGCGCCGAGAGCCCGUCGCCGCCGCGCCUCUUGGCCGCACACUGCGCGCUGCUGCCCAAGCCCGGCUUCCUGGGCGCGAGCGGCGGCGGCGGUGGCGGCGGCAGCGCGGGCGGCGGACCCGGGGGUCCCCACCACCACUCGCACCCGGGCGCCGCGGCUGCUGCCGCCGCCGCCGCUGCCGCCGCCGCGGCGGGCAGCCUGGCCCUGGGGCUACACCCGGGGGGCGCGCAGGGCGGCGCGGGCCUCCCGGCGCAGGCGGCACUCUACGGCCACCCGGUGUACGGCUACUCGGCGGCGGCGGCGGCGGCCGCGCUGGCGGGCCAGCACCCGGCGCUGUCCUACUCGUACCCGCAGGUGCAGGGCGCGCACCCCGCGCACCCCGCCGACCCCAUCAAAUUGGGCGCCGGCACCUUCCAGCUGGACCAGUGGCUGCGCGCGUCCACCGCGGGCAUGAUCCUGCCCAAGAUGCCCGACUUCAACUCCCAGGCGCAGUCGAACCUCCUGGGGAAGUGCCGCCGGCCCCGAACCGCGUUCACCAGCCAGCAGCUGCUGGAGCUGGAGCACCAGUUCAAACUCAACAAGUACCUGUCGCGGCCCAAGCGCUUCGAGGUGGCCACCUCGCUGAUGCUCACCGAGACUCAGGUGAAGAUCUGGUUCCAGAAUCGGCGGAUGAAGUGGAAACGCAGCAAGAAGGCCAAAGAGCAGGCGGCUCAGGAGGCGGAGAAGCAAAAGGGCGGCGGCGCGGGCAAAGGCGGCGGCGAGGAGAAGGCCGAGGGGGAGCCGCUGGGGCCGCCGGCGCCCGGGGACAAGGCCAGCGGACGCCGCCUGCGGGACUUGAGGGACAGUGACCCCGACGAGGACGACGACGACGACGACGACGACCACCAUUUCCCCUACAGCAACGGCGCCGGCGCCCACGGCGCCUCCUCCGACUGCUCCUCGGAGGACGACUCGCCGCCCCCGCGGCCCGGCGCGCCCCCGGCCCAGUAG